AUUAGAUGGAACGCCUGUCAAACUACGCGGAGGGGGCGGGGCCUCAGCGCUCGCCGAAGUGUUGUGAUUUCAGUCUGGCUUCAGUCUUGUGACAGGAGUGAGGGGCGCUUUUCAGUGCUUUGUGCUCUCGGAAUAUGAAUCUCCUGGCGAAGAAAGCUAGACAAAAUCAAUAACUUUUUCCUUUCUACCGCGACUUCUUCUCUUCUACAGAGUCUCAUCUGAAAAACUGCUUCGUAUAUUUUGUCACAGAGGAGGCACGAAGGAGCCAAUUAGAUACACUCGACAGCCGCUCUCUGAAGCUCGUACCAGCCUGGUGUACUGUACCUACCUGCUGGGUGCAUCGCUGCAGGCAGACAGAGUGAACGUUCCUGACAACAAUCAGUGACUAUCUGUGCAGGUGCCAGAUGAGCUCCUCCAGAGGCAGCUAGUUUCAUCAUAACCUAACUGCAGGAAAACCAGGAAGUUUGUGGAAGACUGAACAUUCUUAGAGGAAGAGCCUCCAAGGGGGUUUUAACCCCCUGACGCCCCAUCUACAAAUUCCUGCUUCCUACAGCCCCCUGCUGAGGUCAUUUUCUGAGAGGAGCAAGAGGAGCUGAAGGUGGGAGGCGAAUCUGCUGUGGGCCAUGUGUUUCUAGUGAGGUCUCAUCUUGUGCCAACAUGAGGCUGAUGCUCGGCUCGCCUCAACCUGUUCUGCCAGCCGUCCUGGCUCUCACCUUAGCCGCCUUCUUAGCUCAGCUGUCCUCAGGAGCCACGCCGUUCCCCCAAGACCUGGAACCAAUCAGCAUCGUGGGCAGAGAAUCCUCCUACCUCUACCCGAGCUUCCAGGGACUCAUGUCGGACAAUGACACUGUCCGUCUGGGCUUGGACUUCCAGAGGAUGCUGAAGAUCAAUCACAUGCUCUACAUCGCUGCCCGGGACCAUGUGUUUGCCAUCAAUCUUGCCACUUCAUCUGAGCAGAUAAUCCCCCAGCAGAAACUGACUUGGAAGACGAAGGAUGUGGAGAAGUGCACUGUGAGAGGGAAAAACAGCGAUGAGUGUUACAACUACAUCAAAGUGCUGGUGCCACGCAAUGACGAGACGCUUUUCGCCUGCGGCACCAAUGCCUUCAACCCCACCUGCCGUAACUAUAAGAUGUCGACACUGGAGCAGGAAGGGGAGGAGGUUGUGGGACAGGCACGUUGUCCCUUCGAAUCCCGCCAGUCCAACGUUGGCCUGUUUGCAGGUGGUGAUUUCUACUCGGCCACCAUGACUGAUUUCCUGGCAAGCGAUGCAGUCAUUUACAGAAGUCUAGGAGAAAGUAGCCCUGUCCUCCGUACAGUCAAGUAUGACUCCAAAUGGCUGAGAGAGCCCCAUUUCCUCCACGCUAUUGAGUAUGGGAAUUACGUGUACUUUUUCUUCAGUGAGAUUGCAGUGGAGUACACUACGCUCGGCAAGGUGGUUUUUUCCAGAGUCGCACGUGUUUGUAAGAAUGACAAUGGCGGUUCCCCGAGGGUGCUGGAACGUUACUGGACGUCAUUUCUCAAAGCCCGACUGAACUGUUCCGUUCCAGGUGACUCCUUCUUCUACUUUGAUGUCCUGCAGUCACUGACCAACGUGCUGCAGGUCAACCACCGACCGGCCGUGCUCGGCGUCUUCACCACACAGGCAAACAGCAUCACCGGCUCCUCUGUCUGUGCAUUCUACAUGGACGACAUCGAGAAGGCCUUCAGCGGCAAAUUCAAAGAGCAGAGGAACAGUGAGUCAGCAUGGACACCUGUUCCAGAGGAGCAAGUCCCGAAGCCAAGGCCGGGAAGCUGCGCCAGUGAGGGCUCAGCGGCUGCUUACAAGUCGUCCACCACCUUCCCCGAUGAAACCCUGACAUUCAUCAAGUCGUACCCACUCAUGGACGAGUCCGUCCCCUCGGUCUACGACAGACCCUACUUCACCCGCACCACCAGCAGGUUUAAGUUGACCCAGAUAGCAGUGGACACGUCAGCAGGGCCAUACAAGAACUACACAGUGCUUUUUCUGGGCUCAGACAACGGCCAUGUGCUGAAGAUCCUGGCCAGCACUGAGGGGGCCAACGCAUCCUUCAACACACAACUCCUGGAGGACAUCGACGUCUACAACCCUAACAAAUGUAACGUGCGGGGGGAGGACAGGAGGGUGCUGGGUCUCGAGUUGGAUCGGGAUCACCAUGCGUUGUUUGUGGCCUUCUCCAGCUGUGUGAUCCGCGUGCCACUCAGCCGCUGCCCCGACUACAGCUCCUGCAAGAAAAGCUGUCUGUCGUCACGGGACCCCUACUGCAUCUGGCUCAAGUCGGGCAGCUGUGCCACAGUCUCACCUGGUUUCAAAGGCGGGUUUGAACAGGAUGUGGUGAACGGCUACCAUCAGCACCCCGACACCUGCCACGAUGUCCUGGCGACGACUCGCAAGCAAAACCCAGCUCUUGAUUCAGCUUAUGGGAAGACCACACCCACAAGCGCCAGCACAACCUAUCAUGGGGCGGCACUCCCAAAGGAGGCAGGUGACCCUGAAAGAGGUACAGGUCCUGAUGACCCUCCCCCCGUUGGGGAACAAGGGUCACCUGACUCGGAGCCAAUCAGUGUGGAGAUGGAGGGUGUGAGGCGCCCACCAGAGCUGGAGAAGACCAAUCACAGUGUCCAUUAUACUCUCCUGAUUGCUUGUGUUUUGGUGGCCUUUGUCCUUGGUGCCUUCCUCUCUGGCUUCCUGGUCUCCUGCUACUGUAACCAUGCGAGCCACAAAACCAAGAAGUUGUCCAAAGAUCCAGAGGCCCCAAUCCCACACGCCCUGUCCCUCCGUAGCCUGGCCAAACUCAACGGUCUCCUGGACAGCCAAAGUAAAGAUGACAAACUGGAGGUGUCUUCUCCAAAGAUCUACAAUUCUUUCUUUGCCAACAGCAAAGAGCACCACCCACCAAGGAGAAACGGCCAUCAUGGCAUGACAAUGGGAGACCUGGUUCACCCCCACCAUCACCACCUCCACCAUUCCUCAGAACUCUCUGGUCUGCCUACACCAGACUCUACCCCAGAACUGCCUAUCAAGAGCAUGAAAGCAUUCAAGAACCAGUGGGAAAAGAACCAGAAUUGCAACAAUGCCAAGGAACCAAAGUCCCACAACAUUGGCUCCAGGCCCAGCUCAGCCCUGCUUCACCAGCAGAUCUUCCCUUACUCCCAUGGCCUGGUCAAUGGGCAGCCAGUAGUAGGAAGUCACCUCCACCCAGAGGAACGCAAAAUUCACAAUGUUGAACGGGGACUAUUGCAGCAGCCUUAUCCUGGUUACUCUCAGAAGGUAAUGGAGGUAACCUCAUUGGAUGAGCUCCUGAAGCACAUCCAUGAAGCAAGUAGCAGCAAGAACUCCCAGUUAAUGAGCCCAUCGGGUCUGAUGGCCAGCGGCGGUGGAGGCCAGCUAACCUUUGCCAACCGCAUCCAACCUCAGAUUCCUGAGACAGAAUCAGCCCCCUACUACAGUUCGUCCACUUUACCUCGAGACAGCCUCACCCGACGCAUGGAUGUUCCUCCUGAUAUCCCUCCUCACCACCAGUCCACCCUGGAGAGGAGGCAAUCCUCUCAGAGGCACUCACUAAUUGCUGCAGCCACCAAGAUGCCCAGUGGAGGAGGAAUGAUCCCUCGUCAACACAGCUUCAGCCAACGAAAUGGUGGGCCCCACCAGCCACCUCCUCCUCUAGCACGGAUGAACUCAACGGGCAGCGCCUGUGAGGUUCACUACCCCCUCAUCCCCAAUGGCUACGUGGCACGCCAGCACAGCUACAGCGGAGAGCAGGAGGUCCCACACAGGGCCGCCAUCGUCCGCAGGGCCUCCUCUCUCAAGCCUGAUGUCCCUCCCAAACCUCUGUUCAUACCCGCCACGUCCCCUGUCAACCAACAGGGGAAGUUCAACUACUGAGGAGGUUCAGUCCUGGACUAGAGAGGGAGUCUCCCUCAGUGAGUGUUCUUAAAGGAACUUCCCUUUGAAGAAAUGCAGUGGGUUUGAAGUUGCAGACCUUCAUGACAAAACAUAGCCAAUGUUGGGACAGCCAGUGUCACUGUGGAAGAAAGCCUCAACCUAACUUGUUUUCCCCCUUCUUUUUGUCCAACGAAUAUCUUUGUACCAUAUUGGUAUUGCUCAGCUACUUGCUUAUUAUAGAACCGCUGACUUGGGUGACGUGAUGCCACCUCCUUAUAUUAGGCUGCCAGUGUCCUCAGUGUGGAUUGACAAUACAACUUAGUUCUUGGACGCGUUGAUGUUUGAAAACCUAUACACAUCACUCAUCUUGAAAACUUAAAAGUCGGAGGCUUCUGCGAUGCUUAGAUUCAUGCUUUUGCUUAACCUUUUUUGAUGUAGUGUUGGUAACCAGUCCCACCCACCCCUCCCUCGAAAGUGUUUAUAUUAUGCAUGUGUGUGUAUAUAUAUGUGUGUUUAUAUCCACACCGUAUAUGUAUACAUAUACAUUUGCAGUACAUGUAACCUGUGGUGAAAAGUCAGAAAAUUCCCCCUGAAAGUAGUUAUGUCUUUGCCUUACUAUACUGUUUCAUCUUUGGGCAUGUCAAACGAUCCCCCACCCCCUAAGAAACACCUUAGGGACACCAAGUCAUGCACUUGAUCAACACAACUCACUGUCAUUUGGCCAAAAACACUGAACCAAAUUUAUUUGGGUUGAUCAGAAAAAGGUAAUACUUCAACAAAGCAGCUAUACUCAUCAUUUCUUUUUUCUUUUCUGUCCCAGCAGAUGUCAUGUCAGAAAUGAUAAAGUCGGGUCCAUUUAAGUUCCUAAAGAACAUUUCUAUAAGAUUGGUGCUCCACAGUCUGGUGGGUCUAAUAUCCUCUCAAAUGGAAAUAAACCAUACUGUGUACUGAAACAUUGUGGACCCAAAGAGGAUAAGACAGAUAUGCCACACCACCUGGCACAGUGAGGAUGAACAUUAAACAUACAAUGGACCGCAGUUAUUAUAAUUAUUAACUUUGUGGCUCUUGGUUGUAAAUAAAGGAAUAAUUACUAGCCAAAUUUUAACUGUAUGUGUAAAUGUGUGCCUUAUUUAAUAAUAGUGUGUGACAUGUGGGGUAGGGGUUAAUGCAAGGGGCUCAGAUGGCUACUAUGCUACAGUAUAUUGUAGGUAUCUCAUUUUCUAUGGUUGUCCGUGUGUGUCAUACAGCAUCCGUUGUAUAUUUGAAGAGUUUCAUUCCAGAAAUGAGAUAUAUCAUCUAAAAACGUGUCACCUGUUCAGGUCAACUGAAAACUAUGAUUGUCACUAAUGAGUCAUAUGUUAUAUCUGGUUAUUGAGCCUUUUUGUAACUGAUAUUUUACAAAUGAUCUGUUAUUUUGAAAAAUCUAACAAAAUUAUAUAUAUGAAUGUUGGAAUGAAACCCUUCAUUUUGCAGUUUUUUUUUUUUUUGUUUUGUUUUGUUUUGGUUUGGUUUGUUUUUUUUUGUCCCAGAAGUGUGAGCCUGCAGUUUUCUGUUUUGGGAGACUGAGCAAAGCCAGUACAUCCAGCUGGAGACUGCAGACAUUCAGGUUUGACUUAACCACCUUAAGUUAACCACCUACAGACUGUAGCCAUUGUAGAAGUCACAUUUUACUGAUGGAUGAAGCAAAUGUGUGGUUUUUUGCUCCAGUUCUGAAUGUCAGAGGACAUUGUUAUCCUAUUUCUUAUUUAGAAGACAUAGUUGAGAAAAAUAACAUCAUAUUUGGACUUUGUAUAAAAGUCAGAAUUGAUACAGGAAGUGGCAUGAAGCUGGACUUCUACGAUGGUUACUGCUGUAGAUUUAGACUUGCUAGUGUCACCGUGUGUCAACUUCAGCAUGCAGGAAGCAAAUAAAUGGGAGUGGAGGUAAAGUUUCUGUUUAGAAAAUAUGUUCAAACAAGGAGAAGUGCAAUGAAGUCCGAUCUGACAAGCUGAGGCUGUCGCUCGGAUCAAUAUUUGGCAAGUGGUCGUGGUACACAGGUGGCUGUGCUGCCGAAUACCUGCUGAGGAUUCCCCUCAGGAACGGUGACGCCGGUCAGCUCUGCCUCAGAAAUAUCACACCUUCAAGACUUCGCUGUUGCACUUUUCAGCAGGGUCACUUAGGACACAGUCGACUGGAGCCGUAAUCAAUCUUGUGAAAACAGCACUGCAAUGUUUACUGUAUCUGAAAGUGGUGUUUAUUGACUGAAAUUUCCCAGAACUCAUUUGACCCAAUGAAAAGUUAACCAUUCAUACUCCAACUCCAGUAAAUAAAAGAAAACUUUGUUUUGUUUUGUUUUUUGAUAUUAACAGGCAACAGAGCAUUAAAUAGCCUUUGAUUCUCAAUUUAAAGUUGUGGCCAUAAUGCUUCAUAAGAGGAAUUGUGGCAGCUAGUGUUUGAUGAGUGUGUGUUUGUUUUUGUUUUUAUUUUUAUAUGGCGCUGAUAGAUUGUAUGGGAGAGUGAGUGUUCUCACCUCUGACAGCUCUACCAGUAUUUGAUUUGGUGUAAAUACAUUCUAUCUGGGCAGGGUCUCAUUGAUUCAGUAUUAUAUUUUUUUUUUGUUUGUUUAAUUUCCAGGCUACGCCUCUUGAAUUACUAUGACUUUGGUCUCAAAGAAUACCACUGUAUGUCUCUUAUACUAGGAAUAAAAUGAAAAUACGA